AUGCCUUCCAUCAGCACCAUCCUCCUCUCCGCCUUCCUCGCCCUCAACCUCUCCCUCCCAGUCCUCGCCCAAGGAACCCAAUUCAUCACCGGCCCCUGCAACGUCGACGCCGACUGCGCCGCCGGCUGCUGCGGCUUCAACACCGGCAAAUGCGCCGGUCCCGUCGUGGCACUCGGUCGUGACGGCGGCUGCGGGCGCGGCAACGCAGUCUCGAACAACAACGCCGCCGUGGCUCUCGGCUUCACCGGUGCUUUCACGCCUGUUUCAGCGGCCGGCGGUGCCGCUGCUCCUGUCGCUGCUCCGGCCGCGGCGCCAGCUGUCGCGGCGGGAACGCAGUUCAUUACUGGACCUUGCACCAGCGAUGCGGAUUGCGCGGCUGGCUGCUGUGGGUUCAAUACUGGGAAGUGCGCGGGCCCGAUUAUUGCGCAGGAGAGAGAUGGAGGAUGUGGACGUGGACAGGCUACUCCUAAUGAUAAUGCGGCGCAGAAGUUGCGUGGUGCUAAGCGUGCUGCGAGGGGGUGGAACUUGUAG